AUGUCCUCAUCAGCCUACAUCGAUUCCUUACCAUACUAUGACAAACAUCUCGAUGACCCAAAUCUCAAAUCGGCCGCUCAGGCAUUGAUAGAUGCGGAAUUGAGGAGGACACCUCAGAUAAAUGAGGAUGAUGAGAGAUUACCAAAAUCCGUGGAUGUGUUUCCGAAAUCACAAGGACUAUCAGAAUUGUUAAAUCAAUAUCCAACCAAACCUAUUCGAUCGAUUGAUCCUAGUAAAUAUCAACCUCCUAUAAUAGGUGAUAGUGCCAGUCUGGAAGAGUUGGAGAAUGCCGAGAAGCAGAGUAAGGUCGCUGAAGGACAUAUGGCUUUGAGACUCGAAAACACCUCUCUACUAUCAACGUACGCCCCAAACGCCUGGCUCGUCCGAAAUUUCCAACUCAACUCUCAAAUCACCGAACUCACCUCUACCCUCGACCAGCUCAAAGAACAGAUCGUCGAUGUCAAUCGUUCAAGGAGGGUAUACCAGGAAGAGAAAGGUGGUCAACUGGGUAAAUUGGAGAGUAAAUGGCAGGAUCUGAUAAGUAGUAAUGUCCAAUUGGAGAUGGCUUGUAAAGCUUUGGAAAGUGAAGUAAGAGGGUUGAGGAGUAAACAGGAAGGUUUAGAGAAAGAGGUUGAAUCGUUAGAGAAAGGUCAAUGA